GAGAGAGAGAGAGGAUUAAACGCUGCCAGCAGCAGGAGGAGGAGGAAGAAGAGUGCGACACACACACAAACAACCUGCAACUCCUGCUGCCAGGGGAGAACCCCAAACUGUGACCGUGCAGUUAUAUCUGUUUUAAAUAAAGAUUGGACAUUUUGACUCGUCCUCUCCCGUGUUGACCUCGCCUGACUGAGUUGGUGAUACGAAGCUGAGACGCUGCACGACUGCUGCUGGUGAGUGUCUGGACAUAUCUCCACACUCAGUCAUGGCGGGUGACAUGAUGUUACUGAUGCGAGGCUUGGCUAAGUUAAGCCAGGCGAUUGUAGAGACUCAGGGCAGCACCCUACGAAAUGGAACAGGGGUCCCAGGCGUUGGUGCAGCAGUCCAAAGUGUCCAAGCUGUUGCAGAGCAAGGCCUCUCUGCUGCUAUGAUGAAAAUACAGGACUUGUCCGGCCAGCAGCAGACCUCUUCAUCUCAGUCAGAAUUCGACUUUCCUCUAGAUGAAAGUGAAUUUGCAGCUUCAGAGUUCAGGGAGGAAGGCGUGGACUUUACAGUGGAUCCAACAAGAAGUAGUGAUGACACAGGAGUCCAUGUUGGCACAUCAGCAGCAGGAACAAGCCAUGCCAGUGGGAAACAGUCAUUGUUUGAGGGAUACAAAGAUCCCAGCAAACAGUUUAGUGGACCCAUCAGAUCUUACCACCAAGAUUCCAGACAUCUCAUUGGGCAUCUUCAUCUCUACAGGCACUUAUUUGGACAGCGAUACAGUCAUCAUCAGGUCAGUCAGCUCAGGAGCUACCAUCAGGACCCAACCACAGUCGGGGGGCUGACGGCUGAAGACAUUGAGAAAGCUAGACAGAGCAAGAGGACUGAGGUCAAACCACACAAACAGAUGCUGAGCGAGAGAGCCAGAGAGAGGAAAGUGCCAGUUACCCGGCUCGGCAGACUGGCCAACUUUGGAGGUCUAGCUGUCGGUUUGAGUAUUGGCGCUCUUGCUGAAGUUGCCAAGAAGACCAUCCGACACAAUGGUGUGGAAGGUGAUAACAAGAAAGGUGUUCUGGACUCCAGCCCUUUCCUUUCUGAAGCCAAUGCCGAGCGCAUCGUCAGAACUCUGUGUAAAGUCAGAGGAGCUGCUUUAAAACUGGGACAGAUGCUCAGUAUUCAAGACGAUGCGUUCAUCAACCCGCAACUCGCCAAGAUCUUUGAGCGUGUUCGACAGAGUGCUGACUUCAUGCCAAUCAAACAAAUGACGAAAGCGCUGAACAGUGACUUGGGUCCAAACUGGAGGGACAAACUGGAGUCGUUUGAGGAGCGUCCGUUCGCAGCAGCGUCCAUUGGUCAAGUUCACCUGGCCAGGAUGAAGGAUGGCAGGGAGGUGGCCAUGAAAAUACAGUACCCCGGUGUGGCUCAGAGCAUCAACAGUGACGUCAACAACUUGAUGACUGUGCUGAAUAUGAGCAAUGCCCUGCCUGAAGGUCUGUUUCCAGAGCACCUGAUAGACGUGAUGAGAAGAGAGCUGGCACUAGAGUGUGAUUAUAUCAGAGAAGCCCGGUGUGCAAAGAAAUUCAGGGAGCUCUUAAAAGACCAUCCAUUCUUCUAUGUCCCUGAGGUGAUAGAGGAACUGAGCAGCAGCCACGUGCUGACCACAGAGCUUGUCCCUGGGUUUCCCCUGGACCAGGCUGAAAACCUCACGCAGGAUCUGAAGAACGAGAUCUGUGAGAACAUCCUGAUGUUAUGCCUCAGAGAGCUGUUUGAGUUCAGGUACAUGCAGACUGAUCCAAACUGGUCCAACUUCUUGUAUGAUGCACAAACACACAAGGUGGCGCUGUUGGACUUUGGCGCCACGAGAGGAUUUGAUCUGAGUUUCACAGACCUCUACAUAGAGGUCAUCCGCUCAGCUGCAGAGGGCAACAGAGAAGGAGUCCUGAAGAAAUCCAUUGACAUGAAGUUCCUGACUGGUUAUGAGUCCAAGGCGAUGAUAAAUGCUCAUGUGGAUGCUGUUAUGAUCCUCGGCGAGGCCUUCGCCUCCACAGACACCUUUGAAUUUGGCUCCCACUCCACCACCGAGAGAAUCCACAACCUGAUCCCAGUGAUGCUCAAACAUCGGCUAACCCCGCCCCCCGAGGAGACGUACUCCCUGCACCGUAAGAUGGGAGGCUCGUUCCUGAUCUGCUCCCGCCUGAACGCCAAGCUUCAGUGUAAGGACAUGUUCCAAACAUCGUAUCAGAAGUACUGGGAGGGCCGCACACCGCCAUCUUCCUCAGUCUAAGCCUGUCAUCGUUUGUCAGGUAGAUUUCAUGUAUGGGGCCAACGGCAAUGUGCAAGACAAGGUUGAAGACACAGAACUUCAGAACUGAGGACAUAGGGCAUCCCGCCUUGAGUAACCCAGCACAUUGAGGUUUUUAAAGACACCUACACAUUUUACGUCAUCAUUUGGGGGGAGCAACUUAGCAUCUGGAGUGCUUUAAAGCCAACUCUUUGUACGACUCUGAGAGAGCAGACUGAGACGGACAGCCUUGUGUAAAGUUGUGACAUGAAUGUAAAAAGGUUGACAUUUUAUCGCUCAUGUUUUCAAUGUGACUUUUGCAUUUGCUACUUGGGUUUUGUAUUGCUGUGCUUUAUUGAGCUUUUAGGAAGUUACACCAAAAGCCCAUUUUGAAAUUGACUGUAAAAAUCUCAUUGGUUACAGAACCAAAACACAACAGAACAGACAUCUUGAUGUCAACCCACAGUAACAAAAUAAUGGGAUAUGAUAUGUGGGCAUUAUGAGUCACGGUACCGACAAGUACCAUCAUUUCUGGGUCACAAAUGUUUCUUGUUAGUAUUGUAAAAAGUAAAGUUUGAUUAAAUUGCACAGAUAUGAAAAGUAAGGCAAUUGUAGCAGUUUUCAUGAGAAAGCUGUUAAGAUACAUAUGAAAGUCAAGAUUAUCUGAUGAUUGAGAUACCAAGGUUGUGCUUCAUCUGACAGUUUGUAGAAAGGAUGACUGCUUGGAAUUUGUCUGCAUUCACACAAACGGUGUGACUCAUUUGUCAGUGUGUCCUUUAGUCUGUGUAAACCAUCCAGAUUGAAAUGGCUAUUUAUAGCGUUUGCAUUUUAGUGGCAAAUCUAUGGAUAGAGGGUGUCUUUUUUAUAAUAAUAUAUUGAUAAUAUAAAUAAUCAACCCUUUUCAAAAGACUGUUAACAUGACAAUCAAGAUCUAGGUGUGUUAUGUUGUUGCUGUAGAUGAUCCUGCCUAUACAAUCAGAAGAUUUGUCUUCAGAGUCGGCUCAUGAGUAUUACAAAAAUAUUGUAGUUCUGAAAUGUAUAUUCUCUCAGACCUAAUUCAGAUGCAAAUUUUCCGCACUUAAGCAUGAUUUUCCUUUAUUCAACUUUUAGUGGGAGAUUAUUUAAUAUAGAUAUAAAUCCUUGUGGAUCCACUUUGCUCACUGUAAGAAGAUGGGGUCUGAGAGAUGGUCAGAUAACAGCCUACAUACACACUGGCCCUGAUCUUAACCAUGAAUGUUAAUGAACUACAAGGGUGGAAGAAGCUCAUCCUGAUUUGGCACAAAAUCUCAGCUCGUGGGCUCACCUUGCUUCCUCACGUGGAUGCAUGAUCUCUCCACACCUCAUCCUCCCAUCACCUGGCUGGUCUGGCCUGUAAAAGUCCUCCCUGCUCUGCUGCGUGAAUACAGUUCAACUGGUGUCUGGUGUGAAGCUGAAAAAACCAAGAAAAAUUACACAAAAACAAGGUGCCUGUAGUUACGUGGGAGAUUUUGAGCUAGAAAUGUUUAUAUUUCAUAUCAAGACUUGGGAAGAGAUGGUUUAAAUUUUCUAACUGAAAUGCAUUCUUUACUGAAAGUUGUCAUGAAGAUAAUGGAUGAAAAAGAGUAAAUGUUUGAUCUAUACUUGU